AGUCAUGUGACCGGCAAUGGCGGCGCUGACGGGAGGUAGGUGAGCCCGGCGCCCCCCACACCCACCGCGCGCCCCCCGGACCCCGCUCGCAACCCCCGCGCGCCCUACCUGCCCCCCUGCGCCCCCUCCUCUGCCUCCUUACCCGCGCGCGGCGCCGGGGGCCCCCUCCACGCCUGGCCGAUCCUCUUCCUAUCAUCCUCCAGCCUUGGCCUCCAUUUGGGGGUUCUGGGGAACCGCGAUCGGGCCGACAUGCACCCCCACCCAGUAGUGGGGCUCUGGGGGCUCCGGCGAGAGGGGGACGUGGGAAUUGGUACUGGAUCUUGCAGGAGGUCAUGGGGGAGGGGUGGGGCUGCCUCAGUUGGUGCCCCUAGGGACCCUCGCCCUUCCCCCGCUGCCCCUGUCGGGCCUCCGUCUGGAGGGAGGGACUGGCCCUGUGUCCGGCCUGGGUUGCCCCAGAGGAAUCAGAGACCCAACAUAAGCUGUGGCCCCGCCUCCCUUUUCUGUGCCAGCAGGACUUGGAGCUAAGGACAUCUAGGUCCGGGGUUCCCUCUGAUGGAGACGGGGGUUGUUCCACCUUGGAUAGACAGAAUGAGCUGAGGUUCUAGGAUUUCAGUUUCACUUUCUGAAUCUCGAGGUGCAUCUGGCCUUGAGGGGACUAUGAUGGAGGCACAGACAGAGAGCCGCUCCCCUUUGGAUCAGUCAAGGAAUUGAGGUCACACUAAUGGCCCCUCUUUCUAUUUGAGCUACAUUUGGAGGUGUUGUAGGGACAGCUCUGUAGCUGAACAUGGUAAGACUCAGGGGAAACCUAAGUCUCCUCCAGCUGAGCCCCGGCUGAGCCCCACCCCUCCCUAAAUGCAGACUGGGUUGCUGACAGGCUUACUGCUCCAGUGCGGGGCCGGGGGGGGGGGGGGUUGUUUAAAAGGUGACAGUAAGAACUUUGUUAUUUAGGGACUGUUGCCACUUUGUUGGCAUUCCAAACAGACUUCAGCAGAAGGGACUGGGUUAGCUCUCAAAGAAGGCUCCCUAGCGAUAGGGACUGAAUUAUUUGGGAAUACGGGGCAGGGUGAGGAGUUGGGGAGCAUAGGAAAUAUUCUUACCCAUGUGAUCUGAGGGAGGUGGCAAGAAAGACCUCCAUCUGUGUGGGCUUUUCCCUUCCUGACUUCUCUUAUCUGUGCCCUAGGCUUUCUUGAGAGCCUCAGAGCUGGGGAAGAAAAGAGGAAAGUUAGCAUGUUGAAGUUCCAUCUUUAGCAACCUGGGAGAGGCUGGGGAUGCAGUUCUGCAGAAGAGGAGAGGAAAUGGAAGAGGAGUUUUUGUGUGGUUUCUGGGCUGCUGGUGGAGUGGGGUGAGGGGGGUGUGGUAACAUUUGUCAUCAUAACCCUUUACUCUCUACUCUCCCCCUUCCCCCUAGUCCUGGUCAGCUGAGUGUGGAAAUAGAGGGAUUUCUGCUGCUCUCAUUGUCCAUGGGCUUCCCAGGUCACACAGCCUACAAGUAGGGAGCAGGGACAGUGAGAGAGAGCCUGCAUGCCAAUUCUAAGCUCUUCAGGAUCAAAUGUCGUUCGUCCUGUCCAGAAUGGCAGCCUGUGGAGGCACCUGCAAGAACAAAGUGACUGUCUCCAAGCCUGUGUGGGACUUCCUGAGCAAGGAGACCCCAGCCCGGCUGGCCCGGCUUCGGGAGGAGCACCGUGUGUCCAUCCUCAUAGAUGGCGAGACUUCUGACAUCUAUGUCCUCCAGCUUUCCCCACAGGGCCCUCCCCCGGCGCCUCCCAAUGGGCUCUACCUGGCCCGGAAGGCUCUCAAGGGGCUGCUAAAAGAGGCUGAGAAAGAGCUGAAGAAAGCUCAGAGGCAGGGCGAGCUUAUGGGCUGCCUGGCUUUGGGGGGUGGUGGGGAGCACCCUGAGCUACACCGUCCAGGGCCCCCCCCUCCCCCCUUGCGAGCAGCCCCACUUCUGCCCCCAGGGGCUCGGGGCCUCCCUCCCCCUCCCCCUCCCCUCCCCCCUCCCCUUCCUCCCCGCCUUCGGGAGGAGGCUGAAGAACAGGAGAGCACCUGCCCCAUCUGUCUGGGGGAGAUCCAGAACGCCAAGACAUUGGAGAAGUGCCGGCACUCAUUCUGCGAGGGCUGCAUCACCCGGGCCCUGCAGGUGAAAAAGGCCUGUCCCAUGUGUGGCCGCUUCUAUGGGCAGCUGGUGGGCAACCAGCCCCAGAAUGGGCGGAUGCUCGUCUCUAAGGACGCCACACUCUUACUGCCCAGCUAUGAGAAGUAUGGCACCAUCGUCAUCCAGUACGUCUUCCCGCCCGGUGUCCAGGGGGCUGAACACCCAAACCCAGGAGUUCGCUAUCCUGGCACCACCCGGGUGGCCUACCUCCCGGACUGCCCUGAGGGCAACAAGGUGCUGACCCUGUUCCGCAAGGCAUUUGACCAGCGACUCACCUUCACUAUCGGCACAUCCAUGACCACAGGGAGACCGAAUGUCAUCACCUGGAACGACAUCCACCACAAGACCAGCUGCACAGGGGGACCCCAGCUGUUUGGGUACCCAGACCCCACCUACCUGACCCGGGUGCAAGAAGAGCUGAGAGCCAAGGGUAUCACAGAUGACUGAAGGCCAUCCCUUUUGCCAAGCCCUUGCUGUUCUCCAUAGGACCCAGCGGAAGCCUCUGUUCUCCUCUCUCCCUCUGCCCCCCACACCAUACGAAUAGGGGACCAGUCUGACGAAUAGGGGACCAGUCUGACUGGGGAAGGAGUUCAGAGAGGGAGGGGGCAGUCCCUUCCCCUGUCCCCCCACAGGCGAGUGCUUCAGUGCAGUGUGAGCCACUCCCUUCUGGCAGAGGGAUCUCCCAGGCUCUGCUCCCCUCCUCCCCCUGUACAUACUCCCAAUCUCCCUACCCCCUCCACUGCCCUUGGCUUUUUCUGGUAUGUGCUGUGCUCCAAUGACUAAGCUGAGAAAGGACCUGGGUGGGGAAGGAGGUUCUCUUGAGCCCCCUGCCCCCACAAACUGCUCCACUGAUGAACUUCGGUGUGGGGGAGGGGGCAUGGGGCUGAGGUGAGCCCCCGAGGAGCCGGCCUUGUGUGUUCUUCAGAAACAGUCCCCCUUCUACCUUAACCUUGUCCUUUCUCUCCCGUGUCUCCGUCUCUGUCAGUCUGUCUCCCGCUCUGCCCCCUAUAAGGAGCCUCCUUACCCUGUUCUGGAAUCGCCGCCAGACUGUAGCUUUUAAUUUAAUAAAAAUAAAGUAAAAUAUGCAACUCU